AUGCGAAGACCGAGCCUGUGCGGACCGAGCCUUCCGCCACAUGUCCCUGGACAUGUGCAGGGCUGGCUUCUGGCGGAGCUGGACCUGGAAACGGAGGGGACGGGAAGCAUCCUGGGUGCAUUGGAAUGGUGGGGUGAGGAAAAUCCUGUUCUGCUUCAGGUCAGAGGAAGCCAGUGGAACGAGGCGCCCAGAAGCGCAGAGUUUCCCAUUCGAGCUUCACCCAAGCGGUUUAUGACAUACUUGAAGGAUAUGCAAUUUCUGAGGGUUCACUUGUACUGUGCCUAUGGUGGCAUGGACCAGGCUUCGAAACACGUGGGCUUGUGUGAAGUAAGCUUGCUGCCAUUUCUGCGUGGGCCAGAUACAGACUACAAGCUGCAUUUGGAUGGCCAUUUUCCUGUUGUGAAGAGCAGUUCUGACCACAUCACAGUUGGGCAGCUCCGAUUGCGCCUGGACACAGAGUGGGCUGAACAUGCAGAGUUGCGUCCCAAGCAGGAUGCGCUUUCGUCUUUUGAGGCUCAUGAAUGGAAAGCAAAGCUGGAAGAGAGCAAGGCUUCCGUGCCGCCUCCAACCGAUGAAGCCGCUGUCCUGCAAGCCGCUGUCCCGCUGACCGAUGAGGCACGUGGUCGACAUUUGCAGGUGCACUUGUGUGGAGUGCGUUUCAAGGCCUCUGCCAUGAAGGAAAGAAGUAUUACCAUCACAUACCGUUUGGACUUGAACCAAGAGGUUUCAGUCAAUGCCGAGCUGGAAGAUGGAGAUGAAGCGUGUGCCCUUUUGGGCUCGGUCAAAACUUCCAGCACACCCAUUUGGCCCGAUGGCUCAGGAGGCGAGCCAGCGCUGAAGUCAUUGCAUUUCCACUUUUGGCAAAGCUCUAGGCUUGUGGGACUUUCAACUGCAAAGCUUCCCUCCACAUUGUCGCUCGAAGCUGACCGUGCGAGAAGGUCGCUGCUUCUGACAGCUGACCUUGAUGUCACGUCUCUGACUUCUGGUGAUGUUCUUGGUCUCCUCAAGCUUGCCUUGUAUGUGGUGCCGCCUGGAGCCUUAACAUCACCCGCCCAGCUGACCUCGCUGCCAGCACCACUGGCCACUCCAGAUUCAGCGGCACCUCAGGAUGCAACGCAGGUGUCUCAGAUCCAUCUUAGCGAGUUGGAAGGAUCCACGGCUGCGAGGCCUGCCUGGCCUGGCUGGCCUGCCUCCAGUCCGAAACCGACAGAUACUUCAGCAGACCUUGUGCUAGUUGCUUCUGCAGUUUCCUUUGAAGAUGUGAUGGCCAGAUGCCCUGGCUUCAACUCCUUGGAGGAGAUUCCAAAAGCUUUUGAUUUCGACCACUUUUGCGAAGGACUUCUGGGUGCAGUUGACGGAUUGACCGCUCAGCAGGCAGCGCGCUUGGCUGCUGAAGCCAAGUGUGGGCAGAGCACAGUGAGCUUGGAUCUUUGGAAGGGUGUCUUACGAGAAACGUUUUCACGUAUAGAGGCUGCCAUGAACCUUUUGCAAGAGGUCAUUGGUGGAGAUGGGCUGGGGUGGCUUGUGGAACAACUGGCAUCCUUCGGCCACACAUCUUUGCAAAACACUCAGCUUGUGGCACUCGUAGCUCAGAAGCGGCGUGCGGCUAUCCCCUGGCAGCUCAUGGAGGAAUGCCUUAAGCUCUUGGAUCCCUCUGGCCAGGGGAUAGCUGCCCGCCCCGUGGCGAAACUUCUGUCUAAACGAGCCGAAGCUUAUUGGCUAGCUAGGCACGAGCAGGUGCAUCGGGCACGAGCUGCAGAUCCGGUGCAUCAAGCAUCCGGCAGUCCUGGCGAAGCCAGUUUUGUUGCGCCAGAAUCACCUGCCGCUAGGCAACUGAUUUCUGCUCUGCUUUGUUUGAUAAGGUCAGGUGAGCUUGACAUAAAUGAGGUGGCACAGCAGCUUGAUGCAGCUGCAAUUAGGGUCUCCGAAAGAAAGCCAGCCCUUUGGUGCUCUCCAUUGCCCGAGCCAGUGGCGGUGGCAAAUAUCUUAGAAGGCGACGCAGAAGGAACACUCAAGGCUUUAGAAGUUUGGCAGUCGCUCCAUUUGCCGACCUCAGUCUCAGCCGCCGUCAUGGCCCUCAGAAGCCUCACCAAGGCUUCCUCCUCCGCGAGCCCCUCGUCUUCCGGAACUCUUCCGCGACUCCGUGCGAGCGAGUCCAUUCGACGGAUGGCCCAAAACCAGGUCCCAACUGCUGGGCCACGUUCCGAAGACCUCUUCCGGGCCUUGCUGAGUAUUGCCAUGGGCCCUGAGCAGCUCCGCAGCCGGCUACGGAGCGCGUGUGGCACGGUGGGGUCCAACAGGGUGCAUUUGGACCAAUUCGCAGACACCUUGCAGAAGGCUGGGGUCAUUAUGGCCUCGGCAGACUUGCUGGAGGUCGGCCGCCUUUGGGCUCCAGAGGGAUUGCUGGAGAUUGAUGCGCUGCAUGCAGACCACUACAUUUGGCUUGCACAGCGCACUCCCCAGCUGGACCGUUUGGGCCUUCUCCAAGCAGUUCCCGUGGACCUCACCUCGAUGAACCAGCUAAGCAGGCUGGAUUUGCCGCCUUAUGUCCUUUUUGCCUGCCUAGAUGUACAACAUCAAGGCUGCUUGUCCGAAGAAGCCUUGCGGAAACUGGAGGAAUGGCCUUCACCCGUAGCACACUUGGUAUCUGGAGCAAACAUGCUGUAUGACCCGGCGGGCCAUGGGGUGGUGACAUAUGCUAAUUUCAGGCGUUUGUGCAAUUACUUGGAUCGACUGCGCCCCCGGGGUCGUGCUGACGUUCUGGAGAUGCGAACGCUAGUGCGAGAAGCUGUGGUGCAGCUCAGUGGCUACACUGACGGGACAAACUCAUUCUCUCGAGAGAAGGGCGUCGAUGGCCUCGCAGACAUGUUUGGCUUAAUGCGCUUGUUGCAACAUGUGGGACUAAGACAAGACCUGGCCGAACUACUCGCCGGCGCAUUCCUGGCCGUCAGGGAGCCUCACUCAAGCUCAAGCUCAUAUCGGGCAUUCUUUGUGACGAUGUUUCAUGGCCAAAUGCUUUUACAACGACAUGUGGAAGACCUCCUAAAAGCCUGCUUUGCGGCAUCAUUGGAAUUAGAGACCAUCUUGGAAGACCUGAUGCCGAGGGGAAGCACCUCUGGUGCACUUGGAUGGGAUACUUUGCUUGCCGCUCUAGUUGCUGGGGGAGUUGAUGUGUCAAAGAUCGAUACUGAAGAAAUUGUUUGUGCACUGGAUCCCUCUGGCCAAGGUUUGGUCCCGGUGGCUGAUCUGCUUGCCACUGCAAAAGCUUUCAAUGGACGACACGUUGCAGUUCUGCAGAAUCUGGCGCAUCGUGCGCACAGCAGUGAUGGGCAUGGCCAUGGCUUCAUGCACCUGAUCUCAUUGCACAAGGCGAAAGGGAACCAUGGGAAUUUCACAUGA